UGGCCGCCGAACCGCGGGACCCAAUGUGGCGCUGUGCGCCGCCAACUCCCUCCUUUGAGCCCGACGCUUCGGGCGGCGAACGAGCCAGCGAGCGAGCGGCUUGAAAAUGUCAAAGCUGGAUCCAAUUUGCCAGCGCGGGAGCGAGAGGAUGAGGGGGACGUCUCUUCGCCGAGGCUGAGGCAGCCUUGCCUGCCUGCCGGACGAUGAGGCUAUCUUGCAAAGUGGUGGCCCUGGCGCUCUGCCUGGCGCUCCUGCUGCUCCUCUACCUCUUGGUGGCCAACGCCGAUGAGCCGCCUUUGCCAGCGGCGGGAGAGAGCCCCUCGGGGCCCCUUGCCGCCGGGAACGACAUCGCUCGGCAGCUCCAGACUCGAUUCAGACCCGUUCAGCCGGCGGAGUCAGAGAAGGAAAAGGCGGUUCGGGUUUCCAAGCGGGAGCCACGUCCCCACCGAAAAGCAGGCAAACGCAGCGCGGGUCGAGCCAGAGGGAAGUCGACGAGCCUUCGGAGACCAAAGGACCAAAAGUAUUCUGCAGCCCAGUUUUCUUCGGUGCAAUGGAUGCAUCUUGCAGUUGUAGCAUGUGGCGACCGGCUGCUAGAAACUCUCAACAUGCUGAAAUCAGCAGUUCUCUUUAGCAACAAGAAGCUCAAAUUUCAUAUUUUUGCUGAGGAUUCCCUGAAGCCAGAGUUCGAGAAGAAAUUAGAGGAAUGGCCUACCUCUUUCUCAAAGAAGUUUGAAUACAAUGUCUACCCAAUCUCCUUCUCAGUUGGAAACGCUGAAGAGUGGAGAAAAUUAUUCAAGCCAUGUGCUGCCCAGCGCCUCUUUCUUCCGAUGAUUUUGAAGGAUGUGGAUUCCCUUCUGUAUGUGGACACAGAUGUCUUAUUCCUGCGACCCAUUGAUGACAUUUGGGGCUUUCUGAAAACUUUUAAUGCCACCCAGUUGGCUGCAAUGGCACCAGAACAUGAAAUACCAAAGAUUGGCUGGUAUAGUCGUUUUGCUCGCCACCCAUAUUAUGGAACCACUGGGGUGAAUUCUGGUGUCAUGCUAAUGAAUUUAACCCGAAUAAGAAAUACCCAAUUCAAGAACAACUUGAUACCAACAGGCUUGAAAUGGGAAGAGAUGUUGUACCCUUUAUACCAAAAGUAUAAAAAUUACAUUACGUGGGGAGACCAGGACUUGCUAAAUAUUAUUUUUUACUUCAAUCCAGAAUGUCUCUACCUGUUUCCCUGUCAGUGGAAUUAUCGACCAGAUCACUGCAUGUAUGGCAGUAACUGCAAAGGAGCAGAAGAAGAAGGCAUUUCAAUUCUGCAUGGAAAUCGAGGUGUCUAUCAUGAUGAUAAACAACCUACUUUCAAAGCACUCUAUGAAGUGAUACGUGAUUUUUCCUUCGAAGACAAUCUCUUCCAAUCCAUGUACUAUCCUCUCCAGUCCAAGUUCCUCAAUACUGUACACACUUUAUGUGGGCGAAUUCCACAAGUUUUCCUGAAACAAAUUGAGAAAACCAUGAAGAAAGUCUAUGAAAAACAUGUGAUUGUCAAUAUUGGAGCCAAUUUCAGAAUAUAAUUGUAGCAAUAUAUUUUAAUGGAGCUUUUGUUGCCCAUCAUAUCCCACCUUGGGGCUGUGAACUGAAAGUUCUGUGCUGGUUUUUGCUACAGUUCUGUAAACAGGUACCUGGGAGUAAGAUUCAUGAAGCUUAGUAAGACAUUUCUGAUUAGACAUGUAUAAUAGGCUUCCAUUGAGUCAGUUACUGCUUAAGCAAAAUGACAAGGCUUUUAUUUAAUUACAAUAAUGACCAUGCCCUUAUUUAGCUUGAUACUGGUUAUGGCAAUGGUUUAAAUUCUGGGAAAAAGAAAAGAAAAAAGAAAAACACCGUUGCAGGUAAGAUGAGGAACAUUAAUAUUUGGAAACUGUUAAGACAGAAAGAAGGAGAAUUUCUCUGUAAUUCUGUGAGAAGGCUCUUACAGAUAUUUCUUGUGAUGGAAAAUAACUCUGCUGAGAAUACGUAAUGAUAUAACUUAGCUUUUACAAUGGCAGAGGGAUGGAUUCUGCAGUUCAUCAUUCAAUGCAUGUUGUUGCUUUGAUACUUGGCUCUUUGAUGUUAGUAACUUUGAAUUUUGGCAUUUCCGUACUAUCAAAUCUCUUCAGACCUAGAGUAGAAGAUGCCUUUGGAUUUUCUUGACCCUCUCUUUUCACCAAUUCACAGCGAGUAUCCACUUUUGGUACCAUAUAGUUGUCUUUGAGAUGAACCUAGUCCAUUCAGCUAUUUCAGCAGGGGAAAUUAGCCGCCUUCUCUGCUUCCAUUCAUGGCAUUUGAUUCAUCAACAGGAUGUUACUAAUCUUAAGACCAUUCUCUUUAGGAUACCAUUGAAAAUGUCUUUGUCCUGCCUCUAGACCUUCUGCAGGUUAACUCUCUUUUGUUGCAUCAUGGUCUUGAUUGCCAAACUGACAUCAAGACUAUAAUUUGAACCUCAUACUCUUAGACAGUUUCCAGCAGAUUGCAAUUGGUCAGAAUUCAUGUGUCAUUUCACUGAGGAAUAUCUUAUCUCUUUGGUAUUUUAGGGACCAUUAUUAUCAUUAAAUCAUAUGGGGAUUUUGUUUCAGCAAAUCUAACUGUGCCCCAACUAUUUUAACCAGAAGGAUUGUCAACCUUGCUACCAUGACACUUGAGGAUAGUGAGGUGAAGCUUAAUUUCUUCUCUGCUAAAGUUUACAUGAUGAAAACAGCAACAAUUGUUGGUGUUAUUUCUUUACAGCUUGGUGGAAGGACUGUAUGUAAUAAACCAAGUAGAUUCUUGUCUGAAAAAAUGUUUUAACUAGUUAUUAAGGUGAUAUUCUUUGCUUUGCAUGAUGUAACACAGAAUUGUCUUUAUUAUUUCACCAAGUAUUAAUAUAUCCAUUUUGUUGUCUGCUAUCUUUGCUAUACCUGAUUAAGACAGCUAUUCUUUUGAACAUCUUUAUCCAUUUCUGAGAUAAAAUGCAGAACAAUUUACAGGAAUAUAUUUUUUGUCAUUUUACAUAUAGAAUUUGAGGAACAGACUUUUCACAUAGAGUUGUACAAUAUGUUCUAGAUAGCUCUUUUCUGUCACAAAUAUUAAGUAGUAAGGAGAACAUAAGGGACAACCGUAUUUUUCACUAUAUUACUCUCUGAAGCAGCUUUUGAGCUGUUCCCUUCUUUACAUUCUUGCAAAUAUAUACUAAAACGUAGAACAGUAUUUACAACAUGUUAAACGAAAUCUCAUUUUGGUAAUAAAAUGGUUUACGUGGGGGAAUUUGAUGUUAGUUAGUGUGACCUGUUAUGACUGCAACCUGGCCUGUAGAAUGGAAGCACAUGAGAGGGUGAGCUAAGAGAUCAACCAGAAGGUAAAAGAAAAUGUGGUUGGAUUUGUAAGUAUCACCCUGUGAAUAAGUUAACUGAAUUUGAAACUGCUACUAUACUAAUGCCAAAAUACUUUGUCUAAUGCUAGUGGUUCUUAAAGAGUAACAGCAAAACUGAAAGGGUAACAGCAUGCCACAUCCUCCUUUGUGGAUUUGUGUGUUUUUUGUCUAUCACAAAAAGGUCUUCCCUUUUGCAAAACGAAAGCUCACUUGAGUAUAAUUUAACUGCAGAAAAAUUCAGAAUGCCUUGCCUAGCAAUUAUUAAAAAGAAAAGUAAAUUUCCAUAAAAAGUAUUGGAAAAUCAAACUCGUGGAAGAGAACGAAGAGCUAAAUGUUUAUUUUAUAGCAGAUAUAAUACUCAAAGGAAUGAAAAGAUCUAAUAUUAUCCAUCCAAAAGAUGGAAUCUUGAAAAAUCUCUUUAAUGGAAAAUUGAUACAAUUUUGAAGAGUGAGUUUGGCCAUUUUUCACUUGGUGAAAUAUAGCCCUGGAUCAGUUGCUCUCUGUUAAAUCUCCAUUCAUGUGCAGGAUCUCAGGUACCCUGUAAAAUGUUUCAAAAUCCAGUAUUGUAAAGUUUUCUGGAAGGGUUUUUAAAAGUGGUAUUUGAUGCAGUAUUUGAUUCCAGGACAGAUUUAGAAUUUGUCCAGUUCAAUUUCUCAAAUAGAGUGUCUUUAUUUAAUCCUUUUAUAUCUCCUGUAUGAUACUCACAAGCAUAUACACAUCUCAAAGAAGAUUGAAAAACACUUGGAUAUGCAUCACAAAACUCUUUGAGAUUUGCCAUACAUUGAAGCAACAUUGCUGUUGCAGUUUUCUUUGAAGGGAAGAUAACUUAAAGUCUAUAGUAAGAAUUCUGCUCCACUUGAGCCUUUGAUUUAAGUUACUUUAUUAGAUGUAUUGGAAAUUGAAUUCAAAUCCUAGAGAUGAGGAUUAGUUCAAAGUCAGCAAUGAAUUAUGGUGUGCUACCAAUGUAGUUUUUUUAAAAAAAAAUAUUUUUGUGAAUUCAAAUUCCUUUUCAGAAAUUGAGUUCCAGUUAUACUUUUAUAGUAAACUAAAUAGUGUGAUUUUGAACAUAAAGAAGGAAAUAGUUAACUUUCUUGUCACAUAAAGUAUUAUCUCUACUAUAUUUUGAUAUGUUUACAAAAAUUGUAAUGUUGUAUUGUAUUUUGGUUUGCUUUUUUAAAAACAAGCAAACCUAAAAAUACUUUUUAUAUUUUCAUUUGAUUUAUAAAGGAUUUAAUUUUCUAAUAGUGAAUUAACACUAACAGUUCUGCACAGCAUUAGUAGACUUAUGCAAGGAAAAAUAUCAGUUUGCAUUCUGUUCUUGAGGCAUUGUUGGUGGACUACAUUGCAAAUCUCUUAAGAAAAAAAUUUAAAAUAAUUAUAUAAAUAUAUUUACUGGGUAAAUUCUUAGCUUGUUUAAACAAAUAGCUUGCAAUUUUCAGCACAUUUCGUAUUAUAAUUUUAAUAACAUUUUUUCAAUAUGUCGUUAAUACAUGCAAAAUACUAAUUACUGAUUUUUUAAAAAAUAACCAUUACAUAUAAGGCACAUAUAAAUAUUUAUUUCAACUUCCUCAUCUACAUGCUGUAUUAUUUUUUACAUUAGGAUAUGAGAAGGGGAUUUUCCACCUACUGUGAUUUCAGUAGAAAGAUUGCCAUCAAAAUAACUGUAAAUCAAGGUAAAUUAAGGUUACAGGACUGGAGAAACAAGGGAGAAUUUAUAAUCUUGUUUUAAUAGUUUUAAACUAUACUUCAAUCUCUAACUAACGCAUAGUUGCUUAACUAUUUCUGCUUGAUGGCUCAGUAUACAUUAAAGUCUGUCAGUAACUGAAUGGCAAACACUCAAAUAAUGAACUAUAGGGCUAUAAUAAAUUAUGUACAUCUACAAUUAAAAGGAGAAUAUUUAUAUUGAUGAACUGUCACCAAUUUCAAUCCUAAAUCUCAAUCUUAGGUACAUUUCUAUCUGCAAAAUAUUACCUAUAGCUGAUUGAUCCUUUGCAGACCUGGACCUAUUGAUUUUAAGGUUGAUGUCAAAUGGCCAAAAUUCCUUUUUGUGCCAACUUCAAAUACAUUUGCUUUCAAUAGCUGCCAGAUUACUAUCUCAAAGACUUGAAGAGUCACAGUUCAAGAUAGCCUGUCAAGAUAGAUAUAGCUCUUCAGAUAUGUCUAUGGAAAUUCUCAGUCAUCCAGGUCAUUGUUAUCUCAAAGAUGCUUUUUCAAAUGUGAUCUGAUGUGUAUGAAUUUAACCUUGAUUUGGAAGGAAUUCGUCCUAUUGCUAAAUUGCUUUAAGGGGUCCUUGGUGGUCUUUGAGCUUGAUUGUUUUCUUGCAGACUUUUCAUUGCCCCAAACUGUUGUGUAAUGACUGCAACAGUCACUAUAUAGGACAAGCAGGUAGAAGACUGAUAAAAUGUAUCCAUGAACACCCAACUAGCAAUCAGAAGACAUGAUGAAAACUCCUUAAUUGCACAACAUAUGGACAGACUUAACUAUAGUUUCAACUGGGAAACUAACCAUCCUAGACCAAGUCAAGUUCAAAAAUGCUAGGGAAUUUCUAGAAAUCUGGCACUCUGACAAAUUAGCCAUCAAUAGACACAUAGACAUAAACAAUAUCUACAUACUAUGCAAAAGAGACAAACAACAAGCCAAAAAGGGAACAAAAAGACUGAAACACAUCCCACCAGCAAUUAGUACCCAGAUGAAUAUAGAUUUAACUCCAAGAUUAACAUCAGGCCAAUAAUCAAGAAGUAAACAAUACCCCAAUCAAGGAAUUCCCAAACAAGCUAACAGUAAGCAGCCCAACCAAUGAACCUGUAAAAUCACUCCCACCAACACUGACAGGGCAAGCACUAGAAUAUAAAAUGAAUAUAAACCCCACUCCUUGCUAGCACUGAUAUUAUUACCUACUUAGUGUAAUAAAACAUCUGCAAAAAAACCAACAACCCCCCCCCCAAGUUCAGAGGGCAUGAAGGACCCCUCAUUUUAACCCUUAGUUACAAAUAUUCUUCUUUAUUGGCAAACUGCUUUAAUUUAUUAGAAUAGUAUCUAUAAUUUUCAGAAUUCCAGAGAUUCUCCAAAAUGUUGAUACAACUUAAAAAUUCAUUCUCACUUAUUUUUUUUGUUCUGAAUCCAAUCAUAGUCUAAGAAAAAAUUAUUUUUUUAGCACUAAGAAACUUCUUGAUGAGAUGUAAAGUACAAGUUUUGAUCUCCAUCUGCUUCUAAAGGUAGUUGAUAAUUGUGUACCUAUAGGUUUUCUACAUAGCAAACUGUUGCAGAUUUCCAUCUAAGUGGAAAAUGAAAAAUGGAAUUUUCAUUACUUGUCUCUGUGUAAAAUUGCAAUCAAUGUCAUGUCACUUUACUAACUUGUAUAUUUCUGUUUGAUGAAGUGCACUGAAUAUUUAUGGCUCCUAAGGAGGCAAUUAUAGUGUAUUUAAAGUCAUUUAUAAUUUUAGAUCUUUCAGGUAAAUAAACCAAUUUUCAGCAAA